AUGGGUGUGGACAGUGUGAAGGCAACUACCCUCGUGGUCACACCUCCAAAAGACUACAAGGAAAUCUAUGAAGAGACCAUUGGCUGCUUCAGUGAUCCCAUAGACAUCUUUGAGGAGAAUUGGCAGAUCACUAACAACAAAAGGAAGGCCGGCAUACAACUGGAGUCAUCCAGUGAGAGGACAAGGGGUGCCUUCGAACCCAGUGAGGUGUCAGUGGAGAGUGAGAGAAAGUCCAAGAAUAGAAAGGCCUCCACCGACAUAGAAUCUCCUAGUAAGAGGCAGAGGAGUGGGAAUGACGACUCUGACCUCUCCCCGAGCUCCAGAGACCUUUCACCUUCCAAUCAAGAAAACAGGAGCAUGCUCCUCAUCGGUCACACCAGUAGAGCUGAAUUCGAGGCCAAGUACCUGCAGUUUGAGCACCUUGGACAAGGAGGCUUCGGGUCAGUUUAUGCUGGAACAAGAGAAAGUGAUAAUUUACCAGUGGCGAUCAAAUACAUCCCUAAAAAACAUGUGCGGACUCUAACAUUGGUCUCAAACAAGGGGAGAUACCUGAUCCCUCAUGAGGUGCUCCUCAUGGUCAGAGUAGCAAGCGUACCAGGAUCUGGGGACAAAUCUGCAGCCGUAUCAUUUAUAGAAUGGUACAAUCUGGAUCAGGAGAUUAUCCUCAUCAUGGAGAGACCGGUCCCUGCUGUUGAUUUAUCAGCUUACAUCCAGUGUAACGGUCACCAACUGGACGAAGGGACGGCAAAGAUCAUCAUAAAGCAGCUGGUGGAGGCAGCCAUCGAGAUGCACUCAAAGGGCGUUUUCCAUCGGGACAUCAAGCUCGAGAACGUUUUGAUCCAAAACACCUCAGAUGGUCCACGGGUGCGGAUCAUAGACUUUGGAUGUUCCAGCCUCGUGACAAACAUGCCUUGCAGCUCCUUCUCUGGAACCUUUGCAUUUGCACCUCCAGAGUAUUUUAAACAUCAGAUGUACAAGGCCAGGCCAACCACAGUAUGGCAGUUGGGGGCCCUCCUCUUCAACAUGGUGGAUGGAUGCAAGCCAUUUACCACCGGCGACUUCACCAGCAAAAACAUUCAAAUCAGCAGUAAGCUGUCCCACGAGUGUCGGAGGCUGCUGCACGUGUGUUUGGCUGUCAGCCCUAAGAACCGAGCUACGCUGCACAAUCUCCAGCAACAUUCCUGGGGCUGUAUCUUCUUGAAGAUGCUGUCUACCUGGUCCACGAAGACCGCCUCCUUCGUGGGCUGCAUAGACCGCCAAGGCAAAACCGAGAUCUAA